AUGCACGGAACCGCCCGCGCCCCCGCCACCAGCGUGAGUGCCGAUUGCUGCAUCCCCGCCGGCCUGCGCCUCGGGCCGGUGCCUGGAACCUUCAAGCUGGGCAAGUACCUGUCAGACCGCAGGGAACCCGGGCCCAAGAAAAAGGUGCGCAUGGUGAGAGGGGAGCUGGUCGACGAGUCUGGGGGCUCUCCUCUGGAGUGGAUAGGGUUAAUCCGGGCAGCCAGGAACCCCCAGGAACAGACUCUGGAAGCUAUUGCAGACUUACCCGGAGGACAGAUUUUCUACCGAGCUCUUCGAGAUGUUCAGCCAGGGGAGGAGCUGACUGUGUGGUAUUCCAAUUCCUUAGCUCAGUGGUUUGACAUCCCCACAAUUGCAACACCGACACACGAUGAGAAAGGGGAGGAGCGGUACAUUUGCUGGUACUGUUGGCGGACCUUUCGCUAUCCCAACAGCCUUAAGGCGCACCUUCGUUUCCACUGCGUGCUCAGCAGCGGCGGGGGCCGAGCCUUCCUCCACAACCAGCACGCGGCUCGGCCCGGCGCGGGCCCGGCGGCCGACGGCCUUCGCUUCUCCCCGAAACCCUCCACGCCCGACUUCGCUCCGGCCGCGCCAGCGGCCACUCUGCGGCCGCACCCACAGGCACUACCGGCCCAGGCGGCCUGCGGGACGCGGGAGAGCAUCAAGCGCGAGGCGUCCUCCGCGCCCUCGGCCCCCGCGUCGCCCCCGGGGAAGUGGGGGCCGUCCAAGAAGGGCAAGGAGCAGCCGGAACGCGUCCUAGACGUGAGCGGGACGGCCCGGGGCCACAGCCACUUUCUGGGCAUCGUGGGCGGCGCCCCAGCGGGAGGCGGCGGCCUGGCCUUCUACCCCGGCGUGCGCUCGGCCUUCAAACCCGCCGGCUUGGCCAGGGCGGCGGCGGUGGCGCCCGGCGACUCCUACCGGGAGGAGGGUGGCGGGAAGCCCGGGACCGCCCUGGCCAUAGGCAGGCUGCUGGGCGGGGGGCGUCCCGGGAGCGAGGACAACACGGCGGCUGGAGGCGCGGGUCACCACCACCACCACCACCACCCGGCGCAUCACCACCACCACCACCACCACCAUCACAGCAAGUGCCUGCUCGCGGGGGACCCGCCGCCCCCGCCCCCGCCGGGCCUGCCCUGCUCAGGCCCCCUGCGCGGCUUCCCUCUGCUCCCGGGCCUCCCGGAGGAGGCGUCCGCCUUCAAGCACGUGGAGCGCGCCCCGCCCGCCGCGGCCGCCGCCGCCGCUGCCGCCGCCGCGCUCUCGGGGGCGCGCUACGCUCCGUUGCCACCGGUCCCGGGGCUGCCGCUGGAGCGCUGCGCGUUGCCCGCCCUCGACGUGGGCGGCUUGAAAACCUACCCGGGCGGUGAGUGCAGCCACCUGCCCGCCGUCAUGCCGGCCUUCACCGUCUACAACGGGGAGCUCCUCUACGGCUCGCCGGCCGCCGCCGCCGCCUAUUACCCGCUCAAACUGCACUUCGGCGGGCUGCUCAAGUACCCCGAGUCCCUCUCCUACUUCAGUGCACCGGCAGGGGCGGCCGCUCUGGGCCCCGCCGAGCUGGGCUCCCUGGCCAGCAUCGACCGUGAGAUCGCGAUGCACACACAGCAGCUUUCCGAGAUGGCAGCGGGCAAAGGCCGCGGCCGCCUGGACGCGGGCACGCUGCCACCGGCCGUCGUGGCGGCGGGUGGCGCUGGCGCUGGCGGUGGUGGCAGCGGGGCCGGGAGCGCGGGCAAGCCCAAGACGGGUCACCUGUGCCUCUACUGCGGCAAGCUGUAUUCGCGCAAGUACGGGCUCAAGAUCCACAUGCGGACGCACACGGGCUACAAGCCGCUCAAGUGCAAAGUGUGCCUGCGGCCUUUCGGCGACCCCAGCAACCUCAACAAGCACAUCCGGCUGCACGCCGAGGGCAACACGCCCUACCGCUGCGAGUUCUGCGGCAAGGUGCUGGUGCGCCGCCGGGACCUGGAGCGCCACGUCAAGUCCCGCCACCCCGGCCAGAACCUGCUGGCCAAACCCGUUGACGGCCCGGGAGCCGAGCCCGAUUACCCCCCGGAACCCGGGGAGCCCAAAAGCGACAACGACAGCGACGUGGACGUCUGCUUCACGGACGACCCAAGCGACCCUGAGGCCGGGGCCAGCAGCGAGAGAGACUCGUAA